GAAUUGGAGUUAUUGUCUUGUUUCUUGUUUUUGGAGAGUAACUCGAAGUACUUGUACAUUCUAAUAUCGGAUUUUUGCAUGUUUACUUUCACGUAUCUUCCUUAAUUGCCGCAUUCUCUAGCCAUGGCUUCCCCUUCCCCUUCUCCAACUUCGAGUUCGUUCAAUAAUUCCAUCGAGAACGUAACGUCGGAGAGUUACAGGAUCGGAUAUACUAUGCUGUGUGAUACUGCUGUGUCGACUUAUAUUCCAGCACUUAGCUCCUGGACCACCUUCACUCCGGCAACAUGCUCUUAUAAUAGAUCUCUCCCUGCUGCUGCUUCUACAACUCCUUCAUUGUCCAUCACUGCCACAGGAAUCACAACUCCGUCGCCCCAAGAAACAGCUCUGGGUGAUGUAUCCACCGUCACUGAAUUCAGUAGUACCAUGUCAACCACGACGAUCACCGGUAGUCUGAGUACGAGUUCCCAAACGAGCAACGCGCCAAGAGAGACGUUUGGAUUUGGGAUGUCUGGCCUCACCAGUCUGGCUUGGAUAAUUUACUUCGGCUACAAGUCCCUUCGUCGAUGAGUGAAAGACGUGACAAAUUCAUUGCCGGUGAAGCAUUUAUACAUCGUCGACAAUGACGUCAGCCGAGCGAAAACCAAAUUCACACUGCAGUCGACUUUCGAAUGCGCGAAAGGACAUCGAUCAAACAAGCAAUACACAUAUAUCAUCAAGCGCAUAUACCUUCAUUGUCGCAUAACCUUCAAUGUAAUUGAGGCUCUCGUCGCACCUUCCCACCGAAUUCACGGGAUUUUCGGAUUACUUUCUUCCAUGGCAUCAUAUGGUCUGAUUGGAGCGGAUAAACAUGGAUAAAUCGUCGCGGGGUCGAUCCCA